AAGUAAAAGAAAAAGAAAAGUUUUCAAUGUUUUCGCAUACCACCAGAGAACUUCUAGCUAUUUAAAGUCCACAUACCUACAUCUGUUUCAGAAAACUUGAAGAUUUACAUUGGAAGCUUCAAUCAUAAUCAUUAGUGAUUCAAAUUUAAUAUCUCCCAACUGCUAUUUAGGAUAUUUUGAUGCUUGUAUAUUAUGAAAAUUAUGCUACAAAAUUGUCAGUUUUCUCAUUUUGCUAAUGGUGAUUGCAUGUUUUUAUUUUGGUAUAUAUUUGCUGGAAAUUAAUUGAAAUAUUGUAAGUUAUUAAUAUAUUUGAUGAGAAAUUCUUAAUAUCUAAAACUAUUGUCAAAAUGAUUUUUUCAAUAAUUCUUGUUGCUAUCACUUUUUUUGGUGUUAUAAAUACAAGUUAUUUAUCAAACUUUCUAACAUUGUUUUUUUUUGUAGUACUGAAAUGUAAUAUGGAAAAUUCAAGUCAGAAACAUUGGCACACUUUGAGUUGGUCUUAAUAUUUUGUUUUAGUAAUUUUCUGAUACUUUCAGAAACUACUACUGAGUCACCACCUACUGAACUGCCAACUACUGAACCCUUAAUUACUGAAGGCUCACCAACCAAUUGUACUGAAGAAGAAAUAUCCGAUAAAUGCAUUGCUGGGAUUGUUAUUAUGGUAAUUUCAGCUUCUGCUUCAGUUGUAUUUCUUGGAUUUAUAGUCUUCGUACUUGUGCAGGACGGUUCUGAUUUUAUUAAAGAUAAUCUUGCAAAAUGCAUUGCGGGAUUAUGUGGAGUGAUUUUGGCAAUUAUCUGUGCAGCAAUCUUACUCAGCAAGUGCAAGUCUUGCGAGCAUUGGACUGGUGGUGACAUAGCUUGUGUUGUUCUAGGAUCGAUUGGCACAAUUGAUAUUGUGAUAUGUUGCAUGAUUUUGAUGCCUAAAUGGUUCAAGAAAGAUUACUCACGGGGAACGUCAAGCUGAAGUAUCUUCAUUUACUUUAUAUUUGAAACUAACAAUAGUUAAUAAUGAUUAUUGUUAAACCACAAUAUACUCAAUAUCAGAAUAGUAGAAUGCAUGUAGCUGAAGCUUGAGUUGUGAACUUAUUUAAUUUUCAAAUGUACCGGUAAUAGUUUGUGAUUUUUUAAAACAAAAAUUAAAUCUUGAACUACAAUGUUUGUUGUGAAAUUAUUAUUAUUUUAUUGCAUUAUACUCAUACGGAGGUCCUGUUACAUGCUUUUUGAAAAAACUUUGGUAAUGUUGAAUUAGCCAAUUCCCACCUUCGUCCUACUAUUUGGACUUAUAAACUGGUAUAUUUGAUCUGCUCCAGACUCUAGUAUACCUUUAUUCGUAUUGACUGAUACAGACAUUCAUUCAAGUCAUACAAAUCUUCAUGUAAUUUUUAGUAUCAAUGGUAUCUCAUAACUCAGUAUCAUUGAUGUCUCCUCUUUUUUUGAAAAAAGCUCAUUGCUUUGAACAAUCUCAAAUAAAAAAGAAACAUAUAAUGUUGGAUAUGAUAAAUUUUGCAUGUAUGAGAAUAAGAUUCAAAUAUUUUCAUUGGUGAUAUUUAUUAUCAUUUUUUUUUUACAUUGCUCUGGGUAUUUUACAGGAUGUGAUUUCUUUGUAUCAUUUUAAUGUAAUGGAUUAUUAUUUGGUUUUCAAUAUUUUCUUUAGAUUUGUUGAUAUUUUCUGGUAUUAAGAAUAUUAUUAAUGGUAAUAGUUUUGAUACUCUUCCUAUAAUGGGUAAUUGAUCACAAAACUUUCACUAAAAACUGAACUCAUUUUGCUUCAAGCAAUGGAAAUAGCUUAUUUUCUUCAGACUUUUUCUCAGGAUUUGUUCAUAUUAUUUCAAAUUUUCACAUAGAAAUACUCUGGUCUGUCGUCACCAAUUCAAUUCUGGUGUGUUUUGUCUUUCUUUUGUUUUUGGCCUCGCCAAACUUACAAGAAAUAGGACAGUUUGCUGUCAUAGAAUUUUUCUAUGUAAAUCAUAAUGGUUAGAUUAUUACAUAAAUACCGACCUAUUUUGUAGAGAAUUAUUUCUUAGUUUGGUUGUAUUUUUCAAUGUUUUUUCUUCAGUGCAUUUUAAGCCUUUUUGUCACAGAAAUGUGUAUAUGUAUAUCAUAUUUCCAAUGUAACUGUAGUAUGAAUUGUAAUGAAACCGAUGUUUUUAUUAUAGGCUUUGUGUUGUCAACGAUUUUUAUCAGUAAUAUAUAUAACUUUAAAUAUUCACUUGGUAUGAUCAUAUUGUAUAUCAAAUCCUUUCGUCAGAUUAUGGAAUUUAAGAGGUUUAAAAAUUGCGUAGUGCUUUACAUUCAUCAUGAUUCUAUGUAGUUCCAUAAUUAUUAUGCAUCUAGCUUGUUUAGAAGCUCCUUUUUCGUGAAUGUAAUUCAUGCCAUGACUCUUUCAUCAGAUGAGCACUUUGUUUAUUCUGCAAUUAUUUUGACUUGCCUAGGACGCAAUAACUAAUUUUGUAAUUUCAAAAAAAAUUUCUUCACUGAUAAGAAUAAACUCAUAUUAUACUAAA